AUGACUUCUAUUGUUUAUGCGUUUAAGACUUUGUGUCUGCUGCCUCUCUUGUUCAUCGCUGUUGCAAGUCGUCCGACCGUUAAACCAAAGGUUUUCAACGUCAAACGCCAUGGUUCGAUACCGGACGGAAAAACUGAUAACACCGAUGCAUUUAUAAGAGUAUGGAGCCGUGCAUGUGGAAGGAGAAGUGGAAGUAGUAAGAUCUACGUACCGAAAGGAAAUUUCUACCUUGGUGGUGUAGAGUUUGUGGGUCCAUGCAAAAAUCCUAUUGAAUUUGUUAUUGAUGGAACUUUGUUGGCUCCUGAAAACCCUAGUGAUAUUAAGCAAGAUACAUGGAUCAACUUUAGGUACAUCAAUGAUCUAUCUAUCUCCGGUUUUGGUACACUUGACGGUCAAGGAAAAAAGUCUUGGCCACUCAAUGACUGCCACAAAAACCCCAAUUGUCCUAAAUUAGCUAUGACAAUGGGAUUUGCAUUUGUGAACAACUCAAAUAUCAAAGACAUAACAUCACUCAACAGCAAAAUGGGACAUCUCAACUUCUUCUCGGUCCAUUACUUUAACAUUACCGGUGUCACUAUAACAGCUCCCGGUGAUAGUCCAAACACUGACGGUAUCAAGAUGGGUUCAUGUAGCAACAUUCAAAUCUUUAACACAAAUAUCGGUACUGGAGAUGAUUGUAUCGCCAUUCUCUCUGGAACCACUAAUCUCAAUAUCUCAAAUGUCAAAUGUGGUCCCGGACAUGGGAUUAGUGUCGGAAGCUUAGGGAAGAACAAAGACGAGAAAGACGUGAAAGACUUAACGGUGAAAGAUAUCAUUUUCAAUGGUACAAGCGAUGGUAUUCGGAUCAAGACUUGGGAAUCUUCAGCUUCUAAGAUCCUUGUUUCAAACUUUGUGUACGAAAAUAUUCAGAUGAUUGAUGUUGAAAAACCGAUCAACAUCGAUCAGAAGUAUUGCCCUCACCCACCUUGUGAACAUGAAAAUAAGGGUGAGUCUCAUGUUCAAAUCCAAGACGUUAAGUUAAAGAACAUAUAUGGAACAUCAAAAAAUAAAGUGGCAGUGAAUCUGCAAUGUAGCAAGAGAUUUCCCUGCAAAAAUGUUGAGCUAAUUGACAUUAACCUCAAGAAUAACGGACUUGAGGGUGGUCCUUCCACUGCAAAGUGUGAAAAUAUUAACGGUUCCGCAAGUGGUAAGAUGGCUCUUCAACAUUGUCUUAAUUGA